GCAAGGUGUAAUAUGUUUUCUGAAGUACUAAGAAAGGAUGCUUUUCAACUAACAGUCUACCAAACUCAUCUAUUGAAGCGGAAAAUGAAGAAAAUCAAAACCAUUCGAGAAAUAAGUUUGCUAUUAAUCAAUUUUUGUAUUAUGGGAGCUGAAAGUAGAGGAAAUCUAAUGCGUGAUAACGGAAACAAGUAUGCCUAUAUCAACUUUGUCAAACAUGAGAAUAGUUCACUGAAUGUAACACCAGCAUUGAGUGGUUAUGUACGACGGCCAGGAGAGUGUGCGUUCAUUUGUGCCAACUUGUCCAAUGGUUUCUCAUUCAAUUAUGCUGACAACGCUGAUGAACAUGGACGACAUGCUUGUGAUAUUCUGUCUACUGACAAAUACAACGACUCAGCGAAGUUCGUAACGAACAAAAAAGGAUUUACACACUAUAGUAUCAAGAGUCCAUGCGAAUCCCAGCCGUGUUUCAACGGAGCAACUUGUAAAGGACUGUAUGAAGUAGACGACUAUCAAUGCUUAUGUCCUAUAGGAUUUGGAGGAAGUCAUUGUGAAUCAGAGAUUAACGAAUGUGACAGCAAUCCAUGUGCCAAUAUGGGAAUCUGUACAGACUUAUUUGGUGCUUAUAAAUGUACUUGCCAUCCUGGAUUCUCCGGUGACCAAUGCCAAAUAGUUGCUCCAGGAGCUUUGUUAAUAAAUGGUCUUCACGUCUGUACCUACACAGAAAGUUACGUACUAGCCUACCUCCAGUCAUACAGUGUAACUUACAGUCAAUCAUAUACCUAUGGUUGUGGAUGGUUUGGAUGGUGGAGAUGCACUGGACAUAGAACACUGUACACCAAAAAGUAUCGCACCGCAUAUAGAAACAGCUACAGGAUUGGUCGCAGAUGCUGCGGUGGCUGGAAAAAUCCACAGGACUCUGRUGAAUGCACGAUAAAUAUCGAUGAAUGCGCAAGCAGUCCUUGCAAAAAUCAAGCUAAGUGCGUGGAUAUGGUCAAUGGCUAUGUCUGUAACUGUACGCUUGGAUUCGAGGGGACCCAUUGUGAGACAAACAUCAACGAGUGCGCAAGUAGUCCAUGUAAAAACGGAGGAACAUGUAGUGAUAAAGUAAAUGGAUACGAUUGUCACUGUGUCGCAGGUUAUGGAGGAAAUGAAUGCCAGACAGAUAUUGAUGAUUGUGCGAAUAGAGAAUGCCAAAAUGGAGGAACGUGUAACGAUCAAGUCAAUGGMUACAGCUGCACAUGUGUCUCAGGUUUCUCAGGAGUAAACUGUGAGACAAAUCUCAACUUCUGCGCAGGAGACCCAUGUUUAAAUGGCGGAACAUGCGUAAAUGAACCAACGAAAUACAAAUGUGACUGUGUUCAGCCAUAUCAUGGCAAAAAAUGUGAGCUGGAACCAAAACGUUGAAAACGAAGUUAGUGCAGUAUUAUYAAUACUUUUUGAGUCUUCUGUGCAAAAUUGAUUUAUUUUAACCGAGCUUUCGGCUUAAGCAGCCAUUUUCAAGGUUGUAGUACACGUGAUKAUCUAAUCUACGCAGCUAA